AUGAGGUGGAUGUUUCAACAGCCUAGGGCCGGUUUUUCGUUAUUCAUAAUUAUAACGUUCGUGUCAUGCUUCACCACCGUGUUUAUCUACAUUUCAGAUACUAGAUAUUCAUUCGAUCACAGUUUGGUGACAACGUAUACGAUGGCGGACAUGGAAAUGCUCGUGGAACACUUAACCAAAUUGAAUGCACUGAAUGACAAAAACAUCAAGGAACGAAUUAAGCAUUUCGGCCCAGUUCUCGAUACGAUCGUGAAGUCGUUGAACAUUUCCGUUCCCAAAGAAUUAGAAUCCUCAAUGGUUACUAAUAAGUCUGUGGAAAUGGUCAGGUCACCGAUGAUACAUCUCAAUGGGUUUACAUUCUUACCACCACUGUGGUCCCACGAAGAUAAUUUGAGGCCAUUUAUAUUACAUUCUGGAGGUAGAAAAACAGUGUCUAUGGUGUAUGGAAUUCCUACUGUUCGUCGCCAAAAAAGAAAUUACAUAAUACAAACAUUAACUAAUAUCGUAUACAACAUGAAUCAAAAUGAAAAGGAAGAUUCAUUAAUAGUCGUGAUGAUUGGUGAAAUCGAUCGAGAAUACACGCAGCAAUUGACUACGGAAAUCAAAAAUCAGCUACCAGAAGCAAUUAACUCGGGUCUUGUGGACAUAAUUGCUCCAACUCCGGAAUAUUAUCCAGAUUUCAGCAAACUUCGCUUGACGCUCGGUGAUCCUAAAGACCGGGUCAACUGGAGGAGCAAACAAAAUUUGGAUUAUGCUUUCUUAAUGAUGUACUGUCAACCAAAAGGGUCGUUUUAUGUUCAAAUCGAAGACGAUAUAAUCACGAAACCACAGUUCCACACUAUUAUGAAAAAUACAGCUUUGCAGAGAAUAGCUAAUGGACAAGAGUGGUUUUUAUUAGAUUUUGGAGAACUUGGUUUUAUCGGCAAAAUGUUUAGAUGUUCGGAUUUAUCGUGGCUAAUUCAGUAUUUUAUUAUGUUUUAUAACGAUCAACCUGUGGAUUGGUUGCUGGACGGAAUAGUGGAAACAAAAUCUUGUGGUUAUUAUAAAAUAAAUUGUCAACGAGUAAAAGACAAUUUAUGGGUGAAGUGCAAUCAAACUGUUUUUCAACAUAUUGGAAUCUGGUCAUCUUUGCCUGGCAAAAUUCAACGUUUGAAGGCUAAACAUUUUAAAGGAUAUACAUUAUAUAAAAAUAAUAAUUAG